AUGGAUACAGAAAAAAAUCCAGAAGAAAAUGAUCUGCGGGAAAUUAGAGACGAAAGCAAAGAAAAUAAAGAUGAAAAAGACGAAAAGGAACCUUCCAUACGUGAAUAUCGUCAACGGUUACAUCUAAUGGAAGCCAAAAUAGAUAAGUCUAAUGCAAAAAACAAGUUAUUGAAUAAAAGAAUCUCCAAACUAGAGGAGGAGCUCGAGAUGGCCGUAGAACGAGCAAACUCCAGCGAACAAAAACAUAAGAAAACAAGAAACAAGCUUCACAAGGCUAAAGAACGAGAAAGUUCUAUGAAACAAAAUCUCGAGCAAAGAAGAAACAGAAUGAAGGAGAUGAUUGAGAUGUGCACAAGAUUGAAUGCUACACUGAAUGAAGAAUGUAAUCAAAUACGCAGUGAACGGGAAGCACUUACAGGAAGCACUUCAAGACCACCUAAAAAGAAAUAA